AGGGAGAGGAGAGGAGCUGUAAAUAUAGGGAGCUGCAUGCAUGCGGUGGUGGGCAGACGAGAGUGGCAGGCGGACAGGCAGCAGAAGGCAGUGAGUCGGGCCUAAGAAGUGGCUGCUAACUCAGCAGAGCACAGGGGGGUUGCUCAGGCUAGAUUACACACAGAGACAGAGUCAAAGUGAGAGACGGGCUGCUGAGCACUUGUCUCCCCCGAUUGCCACCGGGAGAGGAGUUGACACAGCUGGGCAAGUUGCUAUAGCAGUGUGGACUACACAGUAGGAGUCUAUUUUGGUCGCGCUGUCAGAUGACGAUGUCACCUUGCACAAGUGGCAGCGCUUGUGAGGGGGAACAGGUUGCCUAAAGUGGGCUGCUAAGUAUGUCAGGAGUGGAUAAAGACGAGGAACCUGCUUACAGACUGUACUUCUAUUCUGCGUCCUUCCAGCGCUCCAACAGCCAUGACAAAGUUCGAAAGAUAGUUGCAGAAGAGGGCCGCGCCGCUCGAAACCUCAUCGCCUGGAGCGUCCCUCUAGAGAACAAAGAGGAGGAAGCAAAGUCCAAAGGCAACUCCAGUGGCAGUUCCAGGUCUCAGAGGAUCAACUCUGGACAACAAAGGAAUAAAAAACAGAAUGCUGGUGUGGAAAGUAAAAGCACAGCUGGAGCUUUGCUGGACAAGGGGGCAGAGAAGAGCCCCACCAAAGCCAGGCAGCCCCGCAAGGUGGACCUGCGUGCACGCUACUGGGCUUUCCUCUUCGACAACCUGCGUCGGGCUGUGGACGAGAUUUACGUGACGUGUGAAUCGGAUCAGAGCGUCCUCGAAUGCAAGGAGGUGCUGAUGAUGUUGGACAACUACGUACGGGAUUUCAAAGCCCUCAUCGACUGGAUCCAGCUGCAGGAGAAGUUGGAGAAAACAGACGCCCAGAACAGGCCCACAUCUUUAGCCUGGGAGGUUCGCAAGAUGUCUCCGGGCCGUCACGUGAUGCCGAGCCCCACGGCGGACAGGAUCGCGCCUUCACCGGGUGCACGUCGCGCCAUCAACUUCGGUGGUCCUCCAUCAACUCUGGCUGCAGCCCGGCUCUCUCACACAGGUCCCAGCUGGGCAGACAGAGUGAAGUGCACUCAGUCAGUCUCCAGCUCCAGUCAGCCGCCCACAUCCCCGGCAGAAAAACCCGGUAAAAAGGAUGCUGAGGGCUGGGAGACCGUGCAACGAGGGCGCACUGCCAAACCUCGCUCUGCUGCCAUAGUUGCCAAGGUCAGUCCCGUCUUGGCUCAUGUCACCCCAAAACAGGACGGCGUCAAGAGCAACCAGCCGCAUCUGCCGCCGCAGGAAGGGCAGCAGCAGCAGCAGCAGCAGCCGCAGCGUCCCGAGUGUCCCCCGGACAAGGACGUGACCCCCGCGGACACUGAACAGCAAGUCCCCGCAGAGCCUGACCCCCCAGAGGAGGUCAAAGGUCCAACAAAAGGGCAUAUUAUGGAGCCCCCAGCCCCGGCAGAGAUUGCGCAAGACUCGGGGCAGUGUGUCGACGCACCCUGUGAAGACGCGCCUCCCCCAAUAGCAGCCCCUACCCCACCCCAAGCCCCAGAGCAAACCCCGUCCGCCGCCACAGUUCCACCAACAGACAUUACACUAUCAGACCCGGUCCCUGAUCAGACCCUCCCCGUACCCCCAGAUCUACCCCAGACGGAUGGGCUCAGUGUACUGUUGGCCUUUGGGGACACUGGGGCUGAGGGGGGCGCGUCGCAGGGCAUGGCCACAUCUGCUGCAGGACAGACUGAGACUCCCAUGGCAGCGGUGAAACUGGAGAGUGUGCUGGACCCCACAGAGCUUUCUACUCCCCAGUCCAUGGCAGAGGUCCUGGCCAAGAAAGAGGAGCUGGCAGACCGACUGGAAAAGGCCAAUGAGGAGGCGAUCGCCAGCGCCAUCGCUGAGGAAGAGCAGUUAACUCGAGAGAUCCUGGCUGAGAACAACGACUUGGAGACCGACAAUGAAAGCGACUUUUCGACGAGCAUUGGCAAUGGAGGUUGUGGAGCCAAUAUGGAUUGGAGUGACAUGCUGGCAGAUUACGACGCACGAGAACCGUGGCGUCAGAGCACCUCAUGGGGGGACAUGGUAGAAGAAGAACCUGCUCGGCCUCCUGGGCACGGAAUCCACAUGCAUGAGAAAUUGUCCUCCCCAUCGCGCAAAAGGACCAUUGCAGAGUCAAAGAAGAAACAUGAGGAGAAACAGCUGAAGGCGCAGCAGCUGAGGGACAAACUCCGGGAGGAAAAGACGCUCAAACUGCAGAAGCUCUUGGAGAGGGAGAAGGAGGUGAGGAAAUGGAAAGAGGAGUUGUUGGAGCAGCGGCGGAAAAUGAUGGACGAAAAGCUGCUGCAUGCAGAGUUUAAGCGAGAGCUUCAACUCCAGGCGAUUGUGAAGAAGGCCCAAGAAGAAGAGGCCAAGGUGAAUGAAAUUGCUUUCAUCAACACACUGGAAGCCCAAAAUAAGAGGCACGAUGCCCUGGCCAAGCUGAGCGAAUAUGAGCAACGCCUCAACGAACUGCAGGAAGAAAGGCAGAGGAGGCAGGAGGAGAAGCAGGCCAGGGACGAGGCUGUGCAGGAACGUAAACGAGUCCUGGAAGCAGAGCGGCAAGCAAGAGUAGAGGAGCUGCUGAUACGGAGGAAGGAGCAGGAGGCUCGCAUUGAACAGCAGAGGCAGGAGAAGGAGAAGGCUAGAGAAGACGCAGCGCGGGAAAGAGCCAGAGACCGAGAGGAGCGCCUGGCUGCUCUUAGCGCUGCCCAGCAGGAGGCCAUGGAGGAGCUGCAGAAGAAAAUUCAGAUGAAGCACGAUGAGAGCAGCCGCAGGCAUAUGGAGCAAAUCGAGCAGAGGAAGGAGAAGGCUGCUGAGCUCAGCAGUGGUCGACAUGCCAACACAGACUACGCCCCCAAGCUGACACCAUACGAACGCAAGAAACAGUGCUCGCUGUGUGGAGUAGUGAUCACCUCAGAGGUGCACCUGUUCAGCCACACCAAGGGCAAGAGGCACCAGCAGGCCGUGCGAGACAGUAGCAGCAUCCAGGGACGGGAGCUGUCUGACGAGGAGGUGGAGCAUCUCUCCUUGAAGAAAUACAUCGUGGACAUUUUGACGGACAGCUCCGUGUCUUCCGAGAGCGUGAAAGAUGGAGAGGAGCGGCAGAAGGCGCGCAAGAAGGCGAAGAAGCUCCGUGCCAGGAUGAACUCCAGGGCAAAGGAAUACGAGACAUCAAUGGAGGCAAAGACUCAGGUCCCUGACUCCCCAUACAAGGCCAAGUUGCAGCGUUUGGUGAAAGACUUGUUGAAGCAGCUGCAGGGCCAAGAUGGCGGGCAGUGGGCCAGCAACAAAGCGUCUGGACUAGACAGAACUCUGGGAGAGAUCUCCCGCAUCUUAGAAAAACAGAACAAUGCAGACCAAGUGGCUUUCCAAGUGGGUGGAGGCCUGUCUGCUCUGGAACAAAUUUUGCAGGUCAUCACUGCUGUUUCCACACCCACUGCAGUUCCCCGUAUUCCUAUCAAAUCUCUCUGUGCUGCUGUUAACAUCUACAACCUGGCAUGUUCCUGCUGCCCCCCCAACUGCUCCUAUGUGCUGUUCAGCAACAAGAUAGUCCUCCUCAUGGACCUGCUGCUGCAUCAGCUCACUCUGUAUGUCCCGGAUGAAGACAAGUCUAUUUUUGGUCGGAGUGUGAACAAACAAGUCUUUGAGGGUUUGACGACAGGCCUGCUUCAGGCCAUUUCUACCAUCCUGGGGUCCCUGUGGCCGCAUAUCACUGACUCUGGGCAAGGCGAAAACACAUGGACUUCCUCCCCAGAUACCAAGGUCAAGAGCUCUGCCACGGAGUUCUUCAACACUCGCACACAAGAUCUAAUCAGUUACGUGGUUAACAUGGGUUUGAUUGACAAGCUGUACGGGUGCUUCUUGUCGAUCCAAAGUCCCGUCGACGAGCACCCAAAGAUGUCUGCUUUCCUCCAGCAAGCCUCGGCUCUGCUGCACAGACUGUGCACCCUGUGCUUCGUCGUCACGGGACGUUGCCUCAGCAUAUUUGACAACAAACGGCAGGACCCGACGGGGUUGACGGCCCUGCUGCAGUCCACCGACCUGGUGGGAGUGGUGCACACCCUGUAUUGCAUCCUGCUGCACAGCUUCUUGCCAGAAUCGUCUUCCCAGAGCCAGGAACCCUACAGCCCCGGGGUCAUCCAGGUGUCUUUACAAGGCAUCCGCUUCCUCAACAGUUUUGCCCUUCUUGACCUGUCCGCCUUCCAGUCUGUUCUAGGAGCGGAGGGCCUGUCUCUCGCUUUCCGACACAUCGUCAGCUCCCUGCUCUGGUACUGUACCCAGCACUCGUCCGAAGAGCUGCUGCACGAAGUCAUCAUCUGUGUGGGAUACUUCACUGUCAACCACAUGGACAACCAGGUGAUAGUGCAGUCUGGCCGCCAGCCCAGCGUGCUGCAGAAACUGUGUCAGCUGCCCUUCCAGUACUUCAGCCACCCACGCCUCAUCAGAGUGCUCUUCCCCUCCCUCAUCUCGGCCUGCUACAACAACUCGCAGAACAAGGUCAUCCUGCAGCAGGAGAUGAGCUGUGUGCUGCUCGCCACAUUCAUUCAGGACUGUGCCGCAAACGAGAAGGAGUCGGACAAUAAAACCGUUUUCCAGCUACUGGAUACCGGCGAAUUGUCAAACCGCUUCCCAAGAGAUCAGUGGGAUUCAGCGCUGCAGUUUUUUCUCAAGAAGCAGGAGGAGUGAUGGACUUGCACAAUACAAUAAGCAUUACAGACUGACUUGUGGGGGUGUUUCGAUUUCUUUGUGACUUUAAGUCUGCACAUGGAUAAGCGAUAUUCUUCUGACUUCAGACACUUUGUCAGAUGUAAGGAAAAGAAAAGAGGAGCCGUAUCCUUCUUUGGUGCGUCUGUUUUGAUUUCCUGGAAGUCAGAUCGAUGUCUAAGAGGAAUUUGCACAAAUCGUCUUAUGUGUACCUAACAGUUAGAGCACACGCACAACUUCUCCACUUAAUGUGUGAAUAAGCCAUUUGUUUCUCUUUGUUCCCGUUGUUGAUAGUAAUGGUUCCAUUUUCAAAGCAGUGACUGUAUAAACCUGACUCAUUUACCUACACUGUAAUUUAUCCUUUGCCAAACCUUUUCAUCCGUACUGUGUUAAUUUAUUGAAUGUGAAUGACCAGAAUGUUGUCGAUCGUCUGUAUGAUGCCAGUUACCAGAAAGAUCUCUUGCCUUUAAUGAAAAUAUGUAACUUGUGUUUUUCAUGUCGUCUUUUUCUUUCCGUUCUCCCUUUGUUGGGAAGCACUUACAAAAUUAAUAUAAUUUAUUGAGUUAUUUACCUUCAUGUUCAAUAAAGGACUUAUGCCUA